AAGAGUUUCAAUUUCAUUCUUUCAAUUCCUAAAUCAAUCUUUCAUUUCAAAUUCUCUCAAUCCAAACACCUAAAAAUCUUAAAUUUAAUGGUGGAUCGAAUUAAACGGCUACGAAAAGAGCUACGCAAACUAAAGGAUGGGAUAUCGCCUCUUCAGGGAUCUGGACAUCGGCAUGCAGUUACGCGCAAUCUGUAUGCCGAACAUCGAGCAGAAAAAGAAAAAAAGUUAAAGAAAGUGAAAAAUGUACAUCCUACGUUUGGCCCAGUUGGUGAGUCAGCCAACGUAGACGAUGAUGAUGAUGAUUUUGAGGGAGAGGAUUCAGCAGAGGAUAGUUUUGAGAGUGGGAGGGACGAUGUGGCUGAGGAGGAUGACACAUCCUCGUUUUCCUCGCAUGAGAGGAGGGAUAUACGGAUUGGAGAUACCUCAGUACUGAACCCCAUUGGUUGUACUGUUGAUCAGACUCUAAGUACUCUUUAUAGAGGUCAGAGUACUACUCUUCAGCAUGCAUCGUCAUCAGGUACUAGCAGACGGUCUAAGGUUUCUACCGAAGAAAUUGAUGAUUGGGUUGUGACAGACGACGUACCUGGCGGGCCAUGUGAUGGGUCAGUGAUUCCUAGUUUUCUUGGACACACUGCUUAUCAGUUGUGGAAUGGAGAACCACGAGAUUACCUUACCAUUAAGCCGGCGAAGAGUUUGUCUAGAUUGCAUGGAUGGUAUGCGAGGCUGUCGGAGAACGCACAGUUGCAGAUUCAGCAGACCGGUGAGAUUUUGAAGAUGCAGGUCGCGGGAUUGCUUGGGAUGUCGUUGGCUGAGUUAAAGCGUGCAUGGAGCCACGGAGGUGUGAGCGACAUAUUGAUUGAGGAGUGUUGUCGUAGGGUCCUCCCCGCUGUUCAGGUGCAAGCUUGGGUGUGGAUCUUGUUAGCCUCGACACUCUUCCUUGACAGGAGGGGGGGCAGGAUCAGUGCUUCGCUUAUGACUGAGCUGCACAGAGGUAUUGGCAAUAUUGGAGAGUACUCCUGGGGAUCCGGUACACUAGCAUUCCUCUACCGUCAGCUUGGUAUUGCUAGUCGAGCGGGGUGUACCACGAUGGCUGGUUGUAUGACCCUUCUCCAGGCAUGGAUAUAUGAGUAUUUUCCAUGCUUCCAGCCCUCCAAGAGGCGAGGACGUCGAGGUGUUGUUGGUUGGCCCAGAGCCCGAGACUGGACCCCUGUUAGCUAUGUCACGGACAGUUUUUCUUCACCAUGA